AGAUCUCUGGGAACUCUGAAGACAUCCCCCUGGUGCGCUGGAGGCAGCAGUGGUUGGAAAAUGGUACUUUGCUCUUCCACAUCCACCAUCAGGACGGCAGUCAGAACCUGCCUGGCCCGGCGGCCACCGCUUACCCCGCUAGUGACUCCGCCGAGGAGGAGCUUCGUAUCCUGCACAUCUCUGUCAUGGGUGGUAUGAUUGCUCUUCUGUUGUCCAUCCUGUGCUUGGUGUUGAUCCUGUACACUCGUAGACGCUGGUGUAAACGUCGCCGUGUGCCUCAGCCACAAAAGAGCGCUAGUGCUGAAGCAGCCAAUGAGAUUCACUACAUCCCCUCUGUGCUGAUGGGUGGACAGGCCCGGGAAAGUUUGAGAAAUUUGCGCGGGCAGGGUCACAAUUCGAGUGGCACCCUCAGCAUCCGUGAGACUCCGAUCUUGGACGGGUACGAGUAUGACAUUACAGACCUACGCCACCACCUGCAGCGGGAGUGCAUGAAUGGCGGUGAGGACUUCACCAGUCAGGUGACACGUACGCUCGACUCACUUCAAGGGUGCAAUGACAAAGCUGGCAUGGAUCUCACUCCAGGGAACAAUAGUACAAAGCUGUCCCUAAUGAGCAAGUACAAGGAUAACAUCAUAGCUACCAGUCCUGUCAACAGCAACCACCAGCAAAACACGCUCCUCCCACACAACACCUCCACCAACCAGCGCAAGCGUCUGUCCAGCAAAACGCACGCGGGUUCAACUUUCCUGAACCCGGACGGGGACUCUGGGACAGAGGCGGACAGUGAGCCGCAGCUGACCUUCUACACCGACCCAAACCGCAGCCGCCGUCGCAGUCGAGGUUCCCCACGGAGCCCUAUCAACAAGACCACCCUGACUUUGAUCAGCGUGGUGAGCUGUGUGAUCGGCCUGGUCUGCGCGUCUCACCUCUCCUGUAGCCUCAACGUCAGAGUCAUACUCCACGUUCCAGAACACCUCAUUGCAGACGGCUCCAGAUUCGUUCUGCUUCAGGGCAGCCAGUUGGACGCAUCUGAUUGGCUGAACCCAGCCCAGGUGCUGCUGUACUACCAGCAGAAUGCCAGUGGCCCCUGGGUCAAUGAUCUGUGUGGCCGCCGUCUCUUGGACCCCUGUGAGCACCAAUGUGACCCAGAUACAGGAGAAUGUCUCUGUUUCGAUGGCUACAUGAAGGACCCUGUUCAUAAGCAUCUAUGUAUUCGCAAUGAAUGGGGCCCAAAUCAGGGCCCAUGGCCCUACACAAUUUUCCAGCGUGGCUUUGACUUGGUGAUGGGAGAGCAGCCAUCUGAUCGCAUUUUUAGAUUCACAUACACUCUUGGAGAAGGCAUGUGGCUGCCACUUAGCAAAAGCUUUGUCAUUCCUCCAGCUGAGCUGGCCAUCAACCCCUCUGCUAAGUGCAAGACAGAUAUGACUGUCAUGGAGGACGCCGUGGAUGUCAGGGAGGAGCUGAUGAUUUCUUCGUCCUUCGACAGUCUGGAAGUGCUGCUCGACUCUUUUGGCCCGGUGCGCGACUGUUCAAAAGACAAUGGAGGCUGCAGCCGAAAUUUCCGUUGCAUCUCUGAUCGCAAACUGGACUCCACCGGCUGUGUGUGUCCUCCUGGUUUGAGCCCGAUGAAGGAUGGCAGCGGUUGCUAUGACCACCACAUUGUCAUUGACUGCUCUGACGGCUUUAAUGGGGGCUGUGAACAGCUGUGCCUUCAGCAGCUGGCACCUCUGGAGGAGGACCCUACUCUCUACAACAUCCUGAUGUUCUGCGGAUGUAUUGAAGAUUAUAAGAGAGGAGCAGACGGUCGCUCAUGUCAGCCGCUGUCAGAAGCCUGCGCUGAGGGAGUGGACUGCGGGGACACAGCUGACAUCCCGGCCAACCAGACUGUGUUUGGGGACCUCUUCUACGGCUACAAUAACCACACCAAAGAGAUUACAUCAGGACAGAUCCUUAAGGCUUCCUUCAGGCAGAAGAACUUUGCCCGUGGCAUCGAGCAGCAGCUCCCGGAUGGCAUGGUGGUUGCAUCUGUGCCGACUGAAGCCCAGUGUCAUGAGGAGCUGUCUGACCCAGUACCUGAUCCAGAGUACCUGACUGGUAUGGUAAACUACAGUGAGGUCACCGGUUACCCAUUGGUUCAGCACUGGAAGCUGCGGUCCAUUAUGUACCAUGUAAAGCUCAAUCAGUGGACCCUCUCCCAAGCCUUCAGUUCAGCAAUUCAUUCACUGGAUGGGGCCACCCUGCGCAGCGACUUUGUGUCCAUUUUAAAAGAGUUUGGCAACCAUUUUAUCCAGGAGGCAGUGUAUGGCUUUGAGGAAUCCUGUACCAUAUGGUAUCCCAACAAGCAAGUCCAACGCCAGCUGUGGUUGGAGUAUCAAGACAUCAGCAAAGGAAACUCUCCGUCAGAUGAGUCGGAGGAGCAGGACAAAGAGCCACGCACGCUUACUUACCCAGCAUACAUUGCCAGCCUCCUGGACUCGGGUGCCAAGCGCAUGGCGACGGGGGUGCGCAUGGACUGCAUCAGCCAGGGCCAGUGCCCUCUGUCCUGCCACCUCUGCCACAUGAGCCCUGGGCCUGCACGUCCUGCAGAACCUGUGCUGCUCAACAUCACUAAAGCCACGCCAGUCUACGAACUGGUCAACAGCAACGAGACCUACCAGGCUCUGCAGGAGGCUAUGAUGAGUGUACUGUGGUGCUCUGCUAAAGGUGAUGUUAUUGAUGACUGGUGUCGAUGUGACUCCAAUGCCUUUGGCACAGAUGGACUCCCGACCUGCGCUCCUCUGCCUCAACCCAUGUUUCGGCUGUGGGCGGUGGACAACACGGGUCGGCGUUCCAGUCCGAGUGAGGUGACGAUCAAAACUCCCUGUCCCGCCGUGGAUGAUGUCAAGGCUCAAGAAAUAGCAGACAAGAUUUAUAAUCUGUUCAACGGCUACACAAGCGGGAAGGAACAGCAGACAGCCUACAACACGCUCAUGGACCUCGGCUCAUCAGCCCUCCACCGAGUUCUUUACCAUUACAACCAGCGCUACGAGAGCUUUGGAGAGUUUACUUGGCGCUGUGAAGAUGAACUGGGGCCCAGGAAAGCAGGAUUGAUCCUGUCUCAGCUGGAUGAACUCAGCGGUUGGUGCCGGGGUCUCCUCCAGGAACCAAAAAUUGGCUUGCGCAGAGCAUCCCUCAAGUAUCUGUCUUGUCGUUAUACAGAUACCAAAGCAUUCGGGCUUAGCUGGGUGAAUCUCGGCCAAGACUUACGUAAGGCCUGUGAAGAUCAGAUGCUCUCCGUUAUGUUCAAUGAUUAUGGAGAACCCAAGGAACUUUAAGCCAACUUGGACAACAAGAGGACCAGUCAGGGGCCGUACCUAAAUGCAGCCUUCCCUUUAGGGCUUCUCUCUAGAGAAUCUGGUCCAUCGGUUUUAACAUUAAUUGGAUAUUUAAUGAUGAAGAGGAAAAUAUUUUGUGAGACCAUGAGCUUUGCUGAUUUUUCAAGAAGUAUUCAAGUGGUAUGUCUAUGGGCUUGCACAUAAAAAUGUACAGUGUACAGUCAAAGGAAAGUUGCAUUAAAGUGUCAUUUAGACGUGGUGUAUUUUGUCAAAUAGUGCAUACACCAGCUGGUAUAGGUAGGAUUUUUUCCACAAGAACUAAAACUGUAUCACCUUAAUGUGCUGAAAAUGUAAAAUGUCUCUGUAGUGCAUAUAGAUAUGGAAAGAGCUAUAGCAAUUGUAAAUGUUAGUUAAUUAUUAAACACUACUAAUGUGCUGAAUGUAGUAUUCAAACUAAGGUAUGAGCGGUCAAGAAACUGUUUUUUUUUUUUUUUUUAAGUAUAAGCAGUAUUAUGAA